CAUCGCAUUGAAAACUGGAAAUAGAAAAAAGUGCGCAUGUCGGAGCGAGUCGAGGAUGAGGCCUUGGCGCGCCUGGGACCACAGAGCUUGAAGUGUCCAGAGUGUGAGAACGUUUACAGGGACCCCACACUCCUACCGUGUCUCCAUUCCCUCUGUCGACCAUGCGUCACCACCCUGUAUAACCAGCAUGCAUCAGAUGGUGUGAUCACGUGUACUCAGUGUCAGGAAGAAGUUGACAAGCCUUCGAAUGGCAUUGACGGAUUCCAGCCGAACUACUUUCUAAAUGGACUGGUUUCUGUGUUUCAGGCAAAAACUGCGAAAGAUAUUCGAUGUAAGAUUUGUGAGUUGCAGAAGAAAGAUAACUUCGCAACCCUUAAAUGUCUAACAUGCGGGGAUUUCCUCUGUGAAGAUUGCGGAAAAGCCCAUACGCUUACUCGUAUGACGUUUGCACACGAAAUUCAGCCUCUUUCUGAACUUUCAGAUGGAAAACGAGACCGUGAAAUUCGCAACAAACAAAUCAUCACGUGCGAGCAGCACGAAGGAGAACCGAUAAAGUAUUACUGUGAGACAUGUAGCGUUCCAAUAUGUCGAGAAUGCCAGCUGGAACAUCAUGUUGGUCAUACGUGCGCAAACGCAAAAGAUUCGCAAGUAUCAAGGCGCAAGGCAGUCGCUAACAUGAUUGGUAAUGUUGAAAAGAAAAUCGAAGCGUUGAAAAAGAUAGCCGAAAAUGUUGACUCUACUACGACGGAUAUUGAUAAGCGCGAGAAAGAUUUAAUUGAAGGCGUUGAGAAAACCGUUAAAAAGUUGAUGGAUCAGAUUGAACGUGAAAAAGCAGAUAUUUUGAAGUCUCUAAAAAAGACAAUGGACGAACAGCGGGAUGCCUGCAUUAAGAGAAAAGAACAAAUAAACACCAUUGCGGACAUCAUGAAAGGCAACAUUACGUUUGCAAACGACGUUGUUACAAACGGGAAAGACGUCGAAGUAUUGUUUCUGGAGAAGACCAUCAGACACCGCAUGAUGGCUCUACAGGUUAAGAAACUAGAUACACUCGCUAUGAAAUGGCAGGCUCCGGAUAUACGUUUCAGGAAUGUAUUUCUUACCGUCGAUCGAAUUGGUCUGUUUGAGCUUACGCUAUCCAGAGAAUACAACAGAAAACCCGAAACACCUCUCAAAUUUGGAGCCCGGCAUGUUGCAGGCUUUCAACUCGUAAGACGAAUAAGCACAACCAUACCAAGAGAGGACAAUUUCGAAUGUCGCGUUACGGGUCUAGCCUCGUUGUUUGGAGACCACUUUGUAGUUGGAGAUCAGGAAAACAGGAAGGUAAAAAUAUUCACCAGAUUGGGACAUUAUGUUGAAACUAUCGCCAACAUCAAGCCGUCAGGUAUCGCAGUAUGCAACGAUGUCAUCGGCGUUACCGAUCAGAUGUCUCUGAAUCUCUACACGAACGAUCGAACUAUCAAAAAGAAGAUAUCUUUGGAGAGCACCGGUUCUUCUUACCCAAUCACGGCGCUCUCGAACCGCUAUUUCGUCGUUGCGAAUAACAAAACAACCACCUUUCAGAUAUACGAUCUCCGAGGAGAACUUUGUAACGACAUUAUGCCUGCUCGCGGGGCAAAGGUCCGUAACCCGACCUUCAUCACAUCAAAUAGCAAGGGGAACAUUAUCGUGUCGGACUGGCUGACCAACAGCGUCAUAAUGAUGGACGAUAGUGGACACUUAGUGAAAGAAUUUAAACUGAAAUCGAAGCUUGGCAAAAAUGAGUGGUUACCAGGAAGCAUAUGCUGCGAUCAUUUUGAUAACAUUUACGUGUCUGAUUUUAGUCGCAGUCGGAUUAUCGUCCUUGAUCCGCAGGGCGAGUUCAUGCUCGAAUAUCCGACGCGACUGGACGGGCUUGACCGCCCUAGGUGUAUGGCUGUCGACGGAAAUGGUUACCUCGUCGUCUCAGGGAAAGGAGGCUAUCUAAACAUGUACGCUUGUCAAUAUAUCUGA